AUGAAGUGUUAUUCAAUUGCAUCAUGGGUCAUUGCUGCGAGUUCGUUUGGACUGAUCAAGGCAUUGACUGAUGAUUCCAGUACGAGAUUUCCGACCAAAUCGGGUAUAAAAACAUGGGUUGAUCCCGAUACUCCUCAAGAUUCUCAAACAUAUGUGAGCUCACGUGGGCAAUCAUGGGACUUAGUCAUGAGCGACGAGUUUAAUACGCCCAAUCGCAGUUUUCGACCUGGUGAUGACCAUCUUUGGACAUCUCUUGAAAAACCCGAUGGUGUGAAUGGAGCACUUGAAUUAUAUUCGCAUAAUAUGACUUCUACAAAAUGCGACGAUGAUGGCACAUGCUACUUUUUUAUCAAAUCAAUCGAUGAAGUAAAUGUUAUUCAUGUUUACAAUAUGUAUACACAUCCUCCAGAUUUUGAAGAUGCCUACUUUUAUUAUCGAUCUGCAAUGGUUCAAUCGUGGAAUAAAUUUUGUUACCAAGGUGGUAUGAUCGAAACACGUGUACAAUUACCAGGAGCUGUCUCGAAAGAAUCUGGAAAUCCUGAUGUAGCAAAGGGAGCAAAUGGAAGGGUUGAGAGUGCAUCAACGAAUCGUAUGUGGCCCUUUUCGUACAAUAAUUGUGAACCAGAUCUCUUUGACCCGAAAAAUCAACGAAUAAGUGCAUGCAAUGAUAAUCCUGGCUACGGUUUGAAUCCAAGGCAAGGACGAGGAGCUCCAGAAAUUGAUGUGCUUGAAGGUGCUGGAGCUUUAGUGUCUUCAUCAGUGCAAAUUGGCCCGGGAAUGCCUGACGAUUAUCGUCUUUUUGGCAUCGACCCUUCAACGGGAGAUUCAUCAGGUUGUAUUUACUCUGCAAGCUGCAAGACGAAGGGAGCAAACGACGUCGGGGUACCAACAGCAUAUUACAAGAAACGUGGUCACUUAUCGUGGUACCAAGGAUUGAGGUAUGCAGCCAAUAAUUAUUGUUCGUCAAAGUCUGAUGCAAAACAAGAUUAUAAAACAAUCAGUGCAUCGCUUGAAGCUGGGAUCACUGAAAACACGUGCUCGAAACAAACGUGCCCUGGAUCGAAUGAUGUCAAUGGGGACUUGGGACUUAUUGACGAGAGUGGAAUUGCACGAUGGGGAAUUAAUUCAAAUGGAACAUGUUUUCCUCUUUUUAAUGUAUAUCUUGGUUCCUAUCUAUGCGAUCCUGACAAUACAUUUCCAAAAUGUGCGAGUCCAAGAGAUGAAUCAACGACACCUGAAUCAAAUGCCAUGAGUUCUUUUAAUUAUCAAAUGGAUGCCAUAUCAGCUAAUUGGCCAAUUCACGUUGGAGGGUAUCUAAAUUAUGUUGUAUAUCAACUUGAAUGGGUAACUGGGAAGAAUGGAUACGUUCGAUGGAUGUUAGAUAGAAGUCCAUUGUUUGAAGUUCCAUCCGAAUCGAUUUUGAACGUUCCACAGAAUGCUGACAAGUCAAAUCCAAGAAAAAUGAUGAUUGAAGAACCUUUGUACAUUAUUUUUAACGUUGCACUCUCAAGUACUUGGGGUGCAACACCACCAAAUCCAGGAAAAGAGUGUCGUGGUGAUGGAUCUGAUCAAGUUGUGAAUAAAGUUUGUGACUCAUUUCCAAUGUAUUUAAAAAUUGAUUACAUUCGAUUGUAUCAAGAUGGAAGUUUAGAUCUUGAAAUUGACAAUUACAUGCAAAUUGGUUGUGAUCCAGCAAGUCACCCAACAAAAGAGUGGAUUCAAGCUCAUCUAGAUGAAUAUCAAGAUGAUGUGAACUUUCAUAUAGAAGUUGCGGGAAAAGCAUUUUGUAAAAAAGACGACGAUUGUACGAUUGGAGGAACAAUUGGAAAAGUAGCUUUGAAGACUGGCAAGUGCGUUAAAUCGCGGUGUGAAUGCACAUUUUCAUCAUCAUGGGGUGGUCCACGAUGUACAACAGCCGUGUCAUCAAAUACAUUCAGUUCAACCGAAACGUUAAAUGCUACGAGUUCGUACGGUCCACCGAUGACAUAUUCAGUUACUAUUGCUGGAUUUAUUGUUUUUGUCACAAUAGCUUCUGUCAUGUGGUCAGAAAAAAAGCAGAAACAGGAACUUAUACGACUGAAAAAAUUAGAAAUCCUAAAUGUUCCAACAAUUUCAAACGUGGUUGAGGACAUACCAGAAGCCAAACGUACUUCGUCGAUAAGAGGGUCCAGUCGAUAA